CAGCGCGGAGCCGGCGGCGGCGGCGGCGCGAUGCUUGCGGGUUGGGCCCCGCCGGGCGCCGCGGGCUGCCGCCGCCGCCUCCUGGCAGCGGCCCUACGGCCGCUGCUGUGCGGGCUGCCGCCGUGCUGCGUGACGGCGGGCCGGGCGGCGGGCCGGGCGGCGGGCCGGGCGGCGGGCCGGGCGGCGGGGGGGCAGUGGCCGAGCCCGGGCCUGCGGGUGCCGCAGGAGGCGGAGGCGGUGCAGCUGGUGCAGCAGGCACAGCUCGCGCAGCGGAGAUCCACGCCGCUCCGCCGCUUCAUCGCCUGCCCGCGGCUGGCGCGCACCGUGCAGCGCUGCCUGCAGAGCGGAGCCAGCCCCGGCCCCCAGCCCGUCCUGCUCGAGUUCGCGCCCGGUCCUGGAAUCUUGACCCGAACUCUGCUCAAUGCAGGCGUUAGAGUGGUAGCUCUAGAAAGCAAUUCAGCUUUUCUUCCAAACUUACAGUCCCUAGAGAACAGCCUGGAUGGACAAUUAAAGGUAAUUUACGGUGACUUCUUCAGACUGGAUCCUUUGAAUGCCGGAGCACUGAAACCACCUGCUAUGUCUUCUGACAAACUUUUUGAAACCAUUGAUGUAGCAGCAGUUCCUUGGAGGGCAGAUGUACCUGUGAGAGUUUUUGGAAUCUUACAACAGAGAAAGGAAAGGAUCAUGCUUUGGAGGCUUCUUUUUGCCGUGUAUGAAUGCAGUUCCAUAUUCAGAUAUGGAAGAGUAGAACUCAACAUCUUUGUAAGUGAAAAAGAGUACAAGGUAUUAACAGCAAACCCUAUGGAAGUGAAGGCUUACCAGGCGCUUAGUGUACUUUGGCAAGUAGGAUGUGAAAUUCAGCUACUGCACAUGGAACCUUGGUCAUCGUUUGUAACUAAUUCGAAAAAUGGAAGACUGGCAAUACCAAAAAGCAUGUGGCUGCCAAAUGACCAUUUAUGUUUGGUACGACUGACUCCUCGGCAAAAUCUAUUUACAGGAGGCCUGACACCCACAAAUUCAUCUACCUUUAUUUUCCUGGUGAAACAGUGUCUUGCUAAACCCAGGUCUAGACUUACUAAUAGAUUGAAUUCAUGGAGCUUGGACAGUAGUGGCAAAUUACUGAGAGAGAUAGAAAUUCCCCAAAAUGCUGAAACACGUAACUUAUACCCAGAAGACUACAGGCGUCUUUUCGAGGCUUUGCAAAACUCUAAUAUGUUUACUGAAACCUGGUUCUAUGAUGACGACUUGGGAAGUAUAAGGAACAUAAACUUAUAAAUCUAAAGUUUCUGUCUUUUGGAAGAUCACCUUUGCUUCUGGAAGAUUACUUUGAUAAGAAAUUAUUUCAGUCAAAUCAGAGAUACUGUUAGCUAGAUGAUUUCCUGUCCGAACAGGAAAAUAAAUUUAGCAAGUAACAAGAGCCCUUCUACACAGGAUGAAAAAUAAGAGUCACAAUUAUUUGAUCACAAUCCUAUCUAGAAUGGACAAACUUUGCAUCUUUUCUAGGAGUGUAUUAGUGACCUGCUGCUUUUGGAUGUACCACUUAAACAGAACUUUUUGUUACACUGCUGUAUAUUUACAAUAUUUGAAAAAAAUAACAGACCAAAUAUAAUUAUUUGUGUGGGUUUUCUUUCAGUGCUCAGUGUUCUGAAUGCCCUUUCACAGAUUCCCAAAAUACACAGGUCUUUACAACAACUAAAUACAUUACAUUGUCUCCUGAUCUAAAAACCUUGCAGUCUAAAGUCAACAUAAUUAUUAAUAAAUCAAUAGUGGUUGGUUAAUAGACGACAAUGUAAUGACGGCAUGAUAAAACAUCAACAGAGAGUUAGGGGUUUUUUGACUAAAGAUUGUUAUAUCGGAAGUAAAAAAGUUGUAACAGUUCUUUCUUUUGAAAAUUUGUAAAGAGCACUAGGCUAUCGGUUCUAGUUUACAAAAUGUGAACACCUAUAUGUAUAUAGGAUUUAUUUUAUGUCUAAAAGUCACCUGAACAUUCAGUGCUGCAUAAAGUUUGGGGAAAAAAGAAAUCACUCCCUGCAACCUUUCUCAAUAUGUAUUUGUUUAAUGUGUAUUAUAUGUACAAAAUCACUUUUAAACCAUAUGCUAUUAAAAUUCUCUCUUUAGCUAUAGGACUCUA